GUCAUAUCUGCAAAAUAUGAGGCUGAGAUGACGUGGCUAUGACUUACAAUUCUGAUAGCUAAUAUUCAGUGGAUUUAGUAAAUUCUUACUAGUUUGUGUAGAGUUAUAACUCUGUCAGUUUAAUACCUAUGCAUGAAGUUUACGAGACAAAACUCACUAUUUUGCAGUGCGCUACUUGGUGAUUUGCCUACGCUGAAUGUACUCCUAUGAAAGAGAUUCUUUAGUCCACUUACAGUAGGCAGACUACGUAACUAUGUUAGUGCAAGAUAUCACUUAGAUACAGGUUCACCUAAACAUUUUGAAUAACUGUUAUGGUUUCGAGCGCUAAUGGUUAUACAUAUAUAUAUAUAUAUUCCAGAAAGAAUACGCGAGCUUAGCUGACAGCUAACUUGGUACGCAAGGGACACUGACUACAACCCCGGGACGAACAGAGAGAAGACCGAAGCUGGCAGAUGGUAGAGUGCAUUAUUCGGAGAACAUAAUAACGAAUCAAUCCAAAACACAUGAAUAGUACACAUACGAAAAAUGACCUUGCCCCCAAUUUGAGACAUUUGCAUAAUAAGAGUAGAUUAACCAAUCAGCGAUUUACAUUACAAUAGGGGCCGAAAGUAGACUAUUAGUCAUACCGUAAAAAUGGUAUGGGAAUGACACGUUAAAAUGUUCAGAUCAAUAACAAUGUUUUAUACAAAACUGAGGCAUCACAAAAGUAACAGCGUGUCACUGUUUACUAAGCCAAGUAAACAAAUGUAAGCUAGAGUUACCUACAUCCUCAAUGACCAUGGUUUGCUCUCAUAUUAUGAGGAUGAAAAUUGUUCUUUCAGAGUACUGAUUAUAAUGCUACUUGCUUUUGUCAUUAACCAAUAAUGCUGGGUGAUGAUUAAAGGUUUAAUGAAAGUUUGGGCAGCAGCAGGAUACGAAUCAGCUACCACUGGGUUCCCGUCUCACUAACGUACAAGAUCCCACUAGAAAUCAGGCAGAUAAGAGUGCUGCAUACAAUUCUUUUACAGUAUGCAUCUGAAUAUUUUGCGCUCACCAAUGAAAAACAUUGCAGUGAAAAGGUGCAAUGAAACAAGUUUUCGGCAUUGUAGUCUUUUCCUACACUUUAUUACCUUAAGAUAGAAAUUUAUGCAAAUAAUGAUCCGUAAGCUCCACAUUCAAACAGGUAUCUAGACUUCAAGUUAACUCAUCCUAUAUCAGUUAAUGCAGGUUUAGUUAAAUGUCUAAGUGAUAAAGCAAAAAGACCUAAACAAGGAACUGAAGCAAAUUAACGAAGCACUAAUAGUUAGUAAUCAUCCUCUACAGUUUAUUAAGAAAUUCGUAUAAUCACACAAGAAACGAACAGGUAACAGUAACACGAGUACGAAUAAUAACGAUAACACACCCUCCACUUUGUUACCCUAUAAGGAAACUCCAUCGGGAUCCUACAAACUCACUCAGAGGUGAGUGUUGUCGGCUGCCUUAAGGAUCCGAUAGGACCAAUUCAGCAAAAUAACCUAUUCUGUCAAAUCCCAUAUGAUGACUGUGAUGUCAAGUGCAUAGGUCAACCUAGCCUAGUUGAUCGCGGUCGGUUAGAAUAGCCGAACAUAGGAAUUUAGAUAAAUAUAGAAUGGCAGAACCGAAUAAGAUCAAUAAUGUAGAAGGAGACUUGGCUAUUGCAAUGGAUACAUUAACACACUACACAAUAGGGUGGGAUAUAGCUACUAUACUUUAGUCUAAUAUAAUUAGGUGGAGGGAGAGAGAGGGGGAGAGAGGGAUUGAUUUCUGAAUUUUCCUCCGUCGAAUCAACAUGCAACACAUGUAAUGAAAAAGACACAACACCAAUAUACCAGAGAUAUAGGAGAUUUUAGUACCAAUAGAAAGAAAGAAUAAGAUGUGAUAGGAUAAUCAAAAAGCAGAUGUCAAAAACAAUGUAUGAUUAUGAGCAAUAUUUUUUGCUAGGAACGUCAUCAAGUAAAUAAUACUGUGUGUUAUAAAUCAAAUAAACAAAUCGAGCAUGGAAUCCAUAUUGGUUUGUUUAUUUGAUAUAUCAAACACAUACAGUAAUAUUUGCUAGAUGGCGUUUCGCAAAAUAUCUUCCAGAGACUCCCCAUAUAUGAUGAAUCAUUCCUGGACAAGGAUUCUGUAUGCGAUCUCUCCCUCCACCCAUAAUCACACUGUAGGAUGAAAUACGGUGACAAUUGUAAAAUCCAACAUCCUUAUGUUGAGGGGAUGAUUCGUUACAGAAUCUUUGCUCAGUGUAUCAACACCUAAUACAUGUAACAGGAAUGAUUCAUGAGAUAUUUUUACCAUUCCUACCAUUAAAAGUAAAGUAAAAAGAACUUCAGGUUUUACUUUUAUAUCAAAACAAUCUGUAAAGCCCUAUUCAUCUGUCUUUUCUUUUUUUUCCCCUCAAGGUUAUGUAUUUCAAUCAAAUUUAGAUAGACUAUUCGGUCAGUCUGCAACUGAAAAGUACACCACUUUUUAUACACAACAUGUUAGAAGUAAAACUGGUCAAGAGGUUAACAAUCUUUUAAGCGGUGGUAGCAAACUACAAUAUGAGAACGAACGUCCAUUCCCAAGUCAUGUAUAUCCAUAUAUUCCAUCUGAAAUUAGCGUUGAAUAUAUUUGUUUCCUAGUUAGUUUGUUUAUGCUGACCAUACAAUAUGCAGCACCAUUUUAUUUCACAAGUCGUAUCUUCUGCUUCCUAUUCUCUAUGUAUAUAGCGCUGACAAGCAUGUUCUUGCUGAUAGAUGUUGAAACAAUAUCAGUACUAUAUAAAUUGAAUACUGUUGGUAUUCGUGAUCCUGGGGGAUCAAUAGUUAUCUUUAUUGAUUCUGAUGACAAGUAUAUAACACCAUGGUACUGUGUUCUUUUAAGUUCAGCCGGUCUGCCUCCAAUAAUCAUCUGUCUUAUGGCUAUUUAUGCCUACGGUGAAACAAAAUUCAAAGAAGCGGUAACUAAUUAUGCUCAACUUUUGAUUGCGGGAGAAAUACCACCCAUGAAUACGUAUUCCAAUAAACCUAAUCCUUGUCUUUCAACAAAAGGAAAUGAUUACGAUACAACAAAUCAUAAUCCAGAUUCUAAUGCUACCACAGAAACUAUGAUUGGUGAACAGGUUGGCAUGGAAUCAGCCUAUCAAGAAACUAUCGUAAAUUUGCCGAUUACACUAGCAGUGACAACUAAACUCUGGAGACCACCACCAACAAAUCGAAAAAGUGGUAAUGCAGUAAGAAGAUCUAAUACUCCUCUUCCUGGUGGUCAGUCACAGAACAACAACAGUGAAAUAUCAGCUUCACUAAAACGUAAUCGUGGAAUCCCAUUAUCAGCGAGUACAGAACUAACUAAUUCAAUGCAUACACUAAACGAAACAAACAGUUCUUCGACAAAGUCAACUCUGCCUAGAUGGUCACGUAUCGGAUUGAGUUUAGUGGCGACGUUAACCUUUAUUUGGCUUUUAGCAAUUCGUAUCUAUUUAAUGAGUUCAGUAUUGAGGUGUUAUUGGAAAACUGGUCUUGAAAUUGCUUUGACAGAUACUAUAUUGACAGUUCUUUAUUUAAUAUGCUGGCUUAUUCUAUGGUUUGGCUUGAGUGUUAAAACUGCCUGGCGCUUUCGUUUGCUGCAUACAGGCAACUACCUUCCCUUAGCUCGCAGCAGAGAUAGCUAUCUACAAAAGGGAAUUUUCUCCACUGGAUGCGAUAACCCAGUAUUCGGCCCUCCAGCAUUGCAUCAGUCUUUACAAAUGAAUGUGAAUGGUGCUUAUCCAAAUUUAUGGCCAUAUGUUUCUUAUCCACCAUGGAUCACUUCUGGUACAAUGAUCACAGCAGGUCUGCCUGUAGGAACAGGUGGUGAAGUUCAGCAAGUGGGCAAUGCGGUUAAUGGAGUAACUGCGGGUGGGGUUAAUGGAGGAGAUUCCCUUUAUGGAUGUUUUCCCGAUCUCACUAAUCAUGAACAAAAUCAGUCAGUUGACAUGGCCAACCAGUAUCAUCCUCAUUCACGUUGUAUUUCCCUACCAUCUGGACCACCGACCCUAUCUGAAGAGUCAGAUACGACAACAAAUCAGCGCGAUCGAAAUGACUGCAACAGCAAAAUCAAGUAUUUCAGACCUGUUACAACACCAAGCCUAUGUGGAUCAACUUAUCUAAAUGAAAAUCAGGGGACAUCAACAGAAGUACAUCAGCCUUAUGCAGCAUCUCAAGUUAAUUUACCACGUAGUAGGACAACACAAGAAAUUGCUUUCUGUGAUGCUUAUGAACAGUAUUCAGGACAAAAUUCCAACAGAAACAGAGCUAAUAAUGGUAAUUCGCUUAUAACUCAUCAGAAGCAAGGAGUAACAUCAAUGGUACCUGAACCAACUUAUGCUACACUGGCAACUUUAUCUAGACCAUCCACACAAAACCAUGCUUUUAGACCGAACUCUGUAACACCUUUAGAUCCUCAUAACAGGGAGAAGACAUCACCAACUAAUCUUUCACGUAAUAUAUCCUACCGACGUCCAUUUACUCGAGUUACUUUUCAAGAUAUUGAUAAUAAUUUUUCUGGAUCAAGAAUUAUCAUCAACGAUGGAGCAACUGGAAGUAGUGACAGUGGUGUUUGUACUAAUGGACAUGGUUCAAGCAUUCAGCAGAAUGGUAAUCAUAUAGAGAAGCAUGAUAAAAAGGGGAAAAUUAAACCUGAAUUAUUUAACAUGUUUGAAUCGAAUAUAUAUCAGAAAUCAAGUGGACAAAAUGCUUUUGAUAACAAAAAUUAUUCAUCUAUACAUAUGAAAAAUAACAAUUUAUUCAACAGUAGUAACAAUAUCAUACAUAAUGAUAAUGAUAUUGAAAUGUCUACUGAUUUAACAAGUUUUGCAAUGAAAUCAAAUCGUAAACCAGAUGAAUGCAUUUCUUAUAUAAAUCAUCAUGAUACUAUAGACAAUCUUCAACGACAUUCUCAUCAACCAAAUUCACUUGAUCCCGAUGAUCGUUUAUGCAGUCAAGUAUAACUUAUAUUCAAAAGGAUAAAUACACAUAUCACUCUACAGUAUCAUACUUAACAGCUGAUAAUAUAGCGCAUUUGACUUAUUGUAAAUUAAGCUUCCUUAAAUGUAUUUAUUGUCAAUGUGAAAUUUUUAUGUAAGACUUUACAUCCAUUUAAUUACUCCCAUCUUUUGCAUUCUCCUCUACAUAAUCUGCUUACACAAAAAUAUAUUUUUCAGUUAACAUUUUACACAUUAUAUAUAAUUGUCUUGUAAAUCUCACUGUGAACAAGAAGUAUAUAUUCAUUUAUUGCUUUAGGAAGUGUUUUGCAGUCAUCAGCCAUGCACGAAACAUGAAAGUAAAUAAACUUACCUCAUUGAUAUUAAUCAAAUACUUCAAUAUUCCAUUGAAAACACAUACCGUUUUGUUCAGCAGGUGUUAACUAUUUCAUGCACCAAGAUUAAUAUACAAAAAUCAGUUAUUGUCUUCUAUUUGUUGUCUGUUAAUGUGUUGUUAUCUUUCCUCUUUUAUUUCAUAUCUGUCUGCCUGUUAGUUUGCUUAUCCGGUUAUCAUAUCUCACAUCUAUCACAUUGUAUAUACUCAAUAUAUUUUCAUCAAUUUACUU